GAAUCUGCAAAUUCUCCUCCCUCAUCAGGUCAACCUGUCUUAAUUGGAGCAUGGGUACGCAGAAGAUUGGCCAUUACUCAAUCUGCUCUUCAAGAUUCACAGGAGCCUUCUGCUUCAGGUCGCCCUCGAUUCAGUCCCUGCAACAAUCAAACAUCGUCUCCACGAUAUCUCAGUCACGUUCCAAUUCUUCUUCAAGGUGCACAUUGCAUUGAUCAAAUCUACACCAAUCCACACUCUUUGGACUGUGGGCACGUCUUUUGUCUUUCGCCUUGUAUUUUGUCCUUUCAAACUGACGGAGCAAGCAUCCACUGCAGUUCUUGCGGUUUUGCCUCUCCAAUAGACGACAUAAAGGUCGAAGAGAAAAUUGGAAAGGAGGUUCGCGAUUUUAAGCUGAAAAAUGAGUAUGUUGAAAUAUCUUCCUGCCCAAAUUGCCAACGUUUAAAUUGUAAUGUUUGUGAGCUCUGCAAACACUGUGAUCGCUAUUUGUGCCAUGAAUGUGCUACUUCACACCAAACUAUGUACUCAUCGGUCUUAUUUAGUCGUCUGUUAGAUCUGCAGUUGAGGUACAAGAAUUACGUGGACCGACGAGGAGAGAUGAAGUGGGAGAAUGCGAAUGAUGCUAUAGAACGCCUUCAAGAAACAAUAGAAGGAGCUCUUUUGCGUGCUGAGAUUUGUCUCGAGUCAUUGGAAAUUUUAUUCAAUGAUCAGUCUCCGGAAACGUCCACCAAAUUGACGAAGAUUACAGAGCUGUUUACUUUGAGUGAACGAAAUGGUGGCCUGUCGAAGCGCCUUUCAAAUACGGCGUCGGAAAUCAGGAAUGGUUACUCACGAACUUCCUACAAUCUUCCUUUAAACGUUCAGAACUUUGUGAACAAGUACCAGAAGGACUUUAAGGUGUCUAAGAAGGAGGUGGCAAGCUCAUCUGAGAGUUCUCUCACCUCCUCAUUAUCGCGAAAUAUAACGCCUACACCAUCUUUUAAUUUGUCAGGCCCAUACGUUCCAUCACCAUUUGAAUCCGAUGAGUCGAUACCUGCUAUUGAACUCCCGUCAAAUGAAAUUCCAACUCAAGACCAAGGCGAUAUUGGCUAUGGUGUUGGUCAUAUGUUCAUAUUUGUUAAAUGGGCGGAAGGAGGAAGCGAUUUGUUUAUCCUCAUGCAAAUGACCUUGGUUGAUGCAUUUGAAUGCCUCGUCCUUCCCUAUGGAAUGAAAUUGGCAUCUGCAAAUUUUCCUCCCUCAUCAGGUCAACCUGUCUCAAUUGGAGCAUGGGUACGCAGAAGAUUGGCCAUUACUCAAUCUGCUCUUCAAGAUUCACAGGAGCCUUCUGCUUCAGGGUACGAUCCUCUUGCGUUAAUUUCUUUAAAUGCGUACUUAUGA